AGUUGCGAUAUCUACAAAGAACAUGUUUGUUUACAACAUUUGCUCUCCAUUUUGAAAAAUAAAAUGAGUGUUCUGUACAUUUGCGCGCAUGAAAGAAUAUUAAGCCGAAAUUGAUAAUAUUUCCUGCUUUUUCCGACGUGUUUAUUUUGUGUGAAAUGAUACAUUCGUUCACCAACAAAUUCAAAUCAUUGAUAUUUGCUUCCGAAGAGAAAGACGACGUUCCGAAUGUAGAUCGAAAGAGAAAGAGGCCGUUCGAUGAAGGGCCUGAUGGUGUAGAACUGGGUGGUGUGAAAAAAAUAAAGACAGAAAGGACAAGUUCCUUUUUCGAUCUGUUCAGCACAAACAUUGUGCAAAACAUGGCCGACUGGGUCCAGAAGAAAACACCCGCACUUUUCAAUUGGGGAUCUGUUGAAGACAAACCAGUCAACCACAACGGCAAUGGUGUCCGUAGAAAUGGCGAUCACCAUACGGAUUCCUUCAAGAAGAGCUCUGCUCCCCUUAGUUAUUCCCGGAAUGAUGUACCUACUGCAUACAGACCAGGCACAUUUCAAGUGUAUGAGCCCACAUAUAAACAGUUGACCACUGACAACUUGUCUCGUGGCCCGUUACAUAAAAGAUCAACAGAGAAUCGAACAGUACAAACAGAUGAUUUGCCUGGCACAUUGAUUCCAAACAGACCUCACAGGGCAAAGGAGAAGUUUAUAACCAGAAACAAACACCAGUUCUCAGCUUCAGAGAGUGUACGACUGGAUGAGAGAGCCAGAUACCAGCAGCUGCUACAAAAGUUCACGACGGUUCCACUGGGUGAGACGGGGGACACAGCCAAGAAGGAAAUCAAGCACCCAGUCAGGGUACCAGAACUCACAAAGUUUUACUUUAAGGGGAAUGACAGCAUACUGGGUGCCACUGUCGGCCCAGAUGUGAAGAAAGACGUGCCCAGUCGCUCUACCAGACAAGAUAGUGUGAAGUUUAAAGUCCAUCCUAGUCAGAAAUCUACCCCAAGGCCUGUUGUAAAUGGUACCACAUCCCCUGUAGAUGAAAGUCUCAUCCAUAUCACAGACAUAUCAGCCAUUCCCUCCCUGCAGCCUGACUCCGUGAGGAAGCAGCCACCACCAAAAAUCAUAGAUUUAACAGACGAUGAUGACAGGGUUGAAAUAACAAGAAAAAGUCUACCUCGAAGUGAGUUGUCCACCCCUGUGGAUGAUUAUCGGGCAUCAAAGUUUCUCUCAGAGGACUGGAUUAAAGACUUGACCACAAAAUACAGCAGUAAGGCAAGAGAAUUAGAGAGACAGGUGGCACAAGAGAAAAUAAAAACACAAGUAUGGGACGAACAGAGGAAGAAAGAUGCCGAGGACUUGGAGAAGAAGAUCCGUGUGAACCUGAAGAUCUACCAGCGCGAGCCUGUGGUCAUUGAGGAUGUACCCAUAUCUGAUGAGGAGGAGGAGGAGGAGGAGGGAGAGGAAAAGGAAGAAGUCCUGCCUGAGCUGACAUCAGAAAUGGAGUCGAGGAUUAGCCAGUGUUUACAGAGGGGUAAUGGAGCGGAUGUGUUAGUAGACAAGUUUAAGCAACAGAUCACGCGCACUGACAUAGCAACCCUCGGCGGACUGAACUGGCUCAAUGAUGAGGUGAUCAACUUUUACAUGAAUCUUCUCAUGGAUCGAGGCAGCAAGCCCAAUAUGCCAAAGGUUCACGCCUUCAACACAUUCUUCUACCCGAAAAUCAGUCAAGGGGGUCAGCAGUCAGUGAGACGAUGGACAAAGACUGUUGACGUCCUGGCCGUAGACUACAUCAUAGUUCCUGUCCAUCUGGGCAUGCACUGGUGUCUGGCUGUUAUAAACUUCAAAAAGAAGGAAAUCCAGUAUUACGAUUCAAUGGGAGGAACCAACCAAAAGUGCCUAAACCUUCUCAAGACUUAUCUUUGUGAUGAAAGCAAAGAGAAGAAGAAGAAAGACUUUGAUCUCACUGGCUGGAACACAGUAACAAUGAAGGAUAUACCCCAGCAGAUGAAUGGGUCUGACUGUGGAAUGUUCACCUGUAAGUUUGCUGACUACAUCACCAGGGAGGCUCCCAUCACAUUUACUCAGCAACACAUGCCAUACUUCAGGAGAAGAAUGGUGUACGAGAUUGUUACAGGAAAACUGCUACAGUGACAUUCAUAAACAUCUGCAAAGUCAAAAGUGCUGAGACAGAUCUUGAAGAUGACAGAUCUGGACAUUAAUUUUCUGAAGCCAGGGUAACCAAUGGACAGAGCAGGAACCUUUUUGCCACUACAAGUCAGAAAUUACAGCAGUCAAACAAUUACAAGGAAAAAAAAAUGACUUAAAAGAAAUGCUUAGAUUGCAGUUUUUGUAAGUUGCUGUUUACAUGAACAUACAAAUUACUAUAAUGUAGCGAUUCAAUCAACAGUGAAUAGUAAUUAAAAAGAAGUCGCUCACGUAUGUGCAAUAAACAGAUUCACAUGAAGGUAUUGGAAUAAACUGUGUAAGAAAAACAAACAGUUCUAAGGGCAUAAAAGAUAAGGUGUUAUUUGGUAGAGGCUUCUGAAAACAAAGCCCAGAGAAGGGUGCUAAGUAGUGACUGGAGUGGUGUCAAGCCAUGUUGCAGGGUGAGUAGGAUCAGGAAAUUGACAAACUACCUGUGUGUCAGAAUUGCAGCAGAAUUGGUGGGAACAUGUUUUGAUGAAAGACAAUAGUUAACAGGACAUGUUGCGACUUGGUUGUAUAUAUGAGGUCUGAUGGACAUGUACAUACUUGUUUAAAUUUUUGCAUCUGGUCUUUAUGUUAUGUUUGGCAACUCUUUCCACCUUGUGUAAGACCAAGUUCAGUGGCAAAGUUUCAAAGGAUUAUUUUUAUUAAACAUUAUUAUUUCUAGACUUUAAAAUGAGAAAAAAGGGAAAAAUGAAUGCAUAUUUGAGUGACAUACAUAUUAAUUCAAUUCCUAUAGAAAAUAAUAUUAAAAAAUCAAGAUAUUUUUUCUGUGAUUGUGCAACUUUGAACAACAGAAUAUCAUUACAAUAUGCCAUAUAUAUAAGUAAUUGUAUCAUUGGAGCUUUUGUCAUAGAGAAUUAUUAUACUUCAAUUCAACAUACCGGUACUAGCUUUCUCCAUUUGCGAGUGGUUGUUUUCAAGUUGGUCUAUAUUUUUGCUUAAACUGAAUUUUCCUUAUUAUAUUAAUAUUACUUUGACUUUUGUAAGUGCUUUCUCUUAUUGCAAUUUGUAAUAAAUUAGAUGUGUGUCUCAAAGUCCAUUAUUGACAUAAGCAUCCAGUUUUUCUGUUUUAAGUACAUAUAAUAUAAUUAUGUUAUGGCUACAUUGCAAAUACAACCUUACUUUACCAGGUUAGCAUAAUAACCCAUACAAAUUGAGAUAUUUAUGCCCCCCUUCGAAGAAGAGGGCGUAUAUUGUUUUGCUCAUGUUGGUCCGUCCGUCCGUCGGUCCACCAGAUGGUUUCAGGAUGAUAACUCAAGAACGCUUAGGCCUAGGAUCAUGAAACUUCAUAGGUACAUUGAUCAUGACUGGCAGAUGACCCCUAUUGAUUUUCAGAUCACUAGGUCAAAGGUCAAGGUCACUGUGACUCGAAAUAGUAUAAUGGUUUCCGGAUGAUAACUCAAGAAUGCUUACGCCUAGGAUCAUGAAACUUCAUAGGUACAUUGAUCAUGACUGGCAGAUGACCCCUAUAGAUUUUCAGGUCACUAGGUUAAAGGUCAAGGUCGAAGUGACUCUAAACAGUAAAAAGGUUUCCGGAUGAUAACUCAAGAAUGCUUACGCCUAGGAUCAUGAAACUUCAUAAAUACAUUGAUCAUGACUGGCAGAUGACACCUAUUGAUUUUCAGGUCACUAGGUCAAAGGUCAAGGUCACAGUGAGUUGAAACAGUAAAAUGGUUUCCUGAUGAUAACUGAAGAAUAAUUAGGCCUAGGAUCAUGAAACUUCAUAGGUACAUUGAUCAUGACUGGCAGAUGACCCCUAUUGAUUUUCAGGUCACUUGGUCAAAGGUCAAGGUCACAGUGACAAAAAACUUAUUUACACAAUGGCUGCAACUACAACUGACGGCCCAUAUGAGGGGCAUGCAUGUUUUACAAACAGCCCUUGUUAAUUUAGAUAUGUAUGGUUGAUAAGUCAGAAAAAGAUUUUGUUUCAUAGUGUAUAUAAAUAAUAUUGCAUUUUUUGAAUUGUAUGUUUCAUGUUAAUGUAUAGUGUAUUUUUCAUCUGAAACAGUUGCAUCAUAUUAUUAUUUAUUUACAAGAAACUUGGAAAUAAAAACUUAUCUGCCCUUUGAAA